ACGUCCUUCGAUGCCCAACCGCACAACGCCGACCCAACCUGACCUGAGGGACGAGGGCGCCUGCAGACCACAAGUGCGUCCAGGACCCAUUGUGGAGAACAUCACAUAAGGAGUGUCAAACAUGCGGGCACACAGCGAUGGCGGCGACGACGAUGGCGGUGGCGGUGACGAUGCCGACAAAGGAUUCAGGGAGGACGUGGAAGCAGGGGACGACGACGACGACAUUCCUAUUCGGUCUUUGGGGAAGACGGGUGUGAGGGGGAAAGGACGCAGCAAAGGUGUUGUUUGUGGUCGAUCCGUUGGCCGUGGCGCCAGAGGUGGCGUCAACGACGACGGUGGGAAGUCUGCGAUGUACUGGUCUCCAGAACACCAAAUGCUCUUGGUGAAAUGCAAGCGGGAGCAAGAGAUGCACCUCGCCGGGCAGGGUCACAAUUACGGGCGGAUGUGGACCAAGGAGUGGAAGUGGGACGACAUUGCUAAGCGCAUGGCGAACGUGGGGAGGCCUAAAGACGCCAGCGACUGCAUGAAGAAGUGUCACUGGGACAAUCUCUUCCAAAACUACAAGAAGAUACAAAGUUGGGACGGGGUGCAGCUGCCCAGGCGAGGAGCGGCUGGUUGGGAGUCUGUUGGAAGUGAGGACGGUGGUGAAGGCUGCCCUGAAGAAAGUUCUUCUGCGAGGGACUCCGACAACAACGCAGACAGUGGGGCUGGAGGCGGGAAGCGGAAGAAUGCACGCCAACAGGCGUUGGAGUCGAUUGCUGAUGUCAUGGACCGCCAUGGCGAACUGAUGUCGUCGACGAUCGAUCCGUCUAGCAAGCGGCAAUGCAGCAUAUUCACAAGGCAAUGCGGCAUACUCGAGCGGGAAGUUGCAAAAGCGCACUAUGCGGCGUCCGAUGAGACGCAGAGGAUGAUGUGCCACGCGCUUAUGGAGAUCGCUGCCGUCAUCCGUGGUCGGUCACCGGUGUAGGCCGUUCGAUUGUGUGUUGAUUGAAGUCCAAUCAUUGCGUUCGUAGUUGGCUUAAUUUUUAAA